AUGGCACCAAACACCAUGGACCGCAUUCAGUCGGCCUACGAGGAGAUGGAGACAGAAGCAAACGAGAUGGAUGCAGCGCUGGAGGAGGCGGCAAAGACCCGCGAAGAGAAGCUGAAGGAAUAUCGCGUCGCAUUUGAGAGGCAUCGCGAGGUCGAGAAGCAGAACGCACAGGGCAAGGAGCAGAUCCAAUUGCGCAGAGAAAAGCUUUACGCGUACAUCUCGGGAACGCUCAAGCUCGAUGAGGGUAGCCCUGAACUGGAAGAGCUGCUUGGUCUCGAAAAGUCCGAGUCGGGAUACGGCGACGACGGGAGCAACGAUGAGGAUGACGAGUCCGAGGAGCAGGAUUCUGACGAGGACUACGCAUCUCCAGCCCCGAGUCGGCGCAAGUCUUCGGCCAUCGGCUCUCGGAGGAAGGGGAACACUUGUGCAGAGUAUCUCCAAGAAGACGACGACCAGGACGACGAGGAAACCUUGCCAUUCAUGAAAGAGGAGCCUGUUGUCAAGACUGAACAACCCGUUGUCAAGAAGCAGCCCAGCAGCACGCCUCCGCCACCCAGACAGCCGAUCAUCCGCAAUCAGCAAACACUCGUCAAGGAAGAACGGGCCUCGAAUUCUCCUGCAGAUCUCCCGCAGUUCGUUGCACCACCAACUGCAGCUGGAAGCGGUUCCACCCCGCCCCAGCCUUCUCCUGGAGCAAUGCUUGAUGCUGCAGACUCUGAAGUUGACAACAUGCCUCCCCGAAAGAAGAAGAAGAAGGCCGCUCGCAAGUUCCAGCAGCGAGCCACGAAGCUCACCGCUGACGAGUUCUUGGCUCAGGCAGAGGCAUGGGACUACUUGCCGUCGAGUUCUACGAUCGUGAAGAACGCCAAUGGCACCUGGGUCGAGCUGCGUUGCCCAGAGUGCGGAGGCAACGUAUCUCACGACCACGGCAAACUCUUGAAGGGCAUCAAGGGCUUCUUGACGCACAUCAAGAAGUACCACGGCUACUCAGGCAAGUCGACACUGGACGAAGCGGCCGGCUUCUGCACUCAUCGCGAGGUUCCGAUGGACGAGGUCAAGAAGAUCCUCAACGGCGGCGACAAAGGCAUGCCAUACGUGCAGAUGGUGGUGCUGGAGAAUGAGACGAGCGCAGAGGAAAAGGUCGAAAAGGACCAAGAGCAGCAAUUCCCUGACUGGUCGCUCUGCAAAAAGACCGGUAACUUCCUCGCCAGAUGCUCCUGCGUUCGGCGCCAUCCCGACGGCAACUGGGUCGAGAUCGCCUGCGUGGUUUGCGGAGGCAACUUCAACCCGUCAAAGGGCCAGUUUCAAAAGGACGGGCUGAAGGGGUUCGUUGAUCACAUCGCUCACGUACACGAUCCCUGGCAUUGGCGCAUGCCUGGAAGCGUGCGGGAGAUCAUCGAUGUUCUGAAGGUGCGCGAUCUGUCUGAUGAGGAGGUGGACAGCAUCAAGAAGAGAAAGAUGGCUGUGACCUCAAAGCCAUGCUUCUCGACCGUACCGUAUGGUAAGAAGGCUAAGCCCAGGAAGCGCUCUCGAGAUGAGAUGGAGGAUGGGAUUGACGAGGUUGAGGGGGAUGAGGAUGGCAAGGAGACAAUGAAGUCGUACCUUGACCGGUUGGAGAAGGCGAAGGACGAGGCGGCGGAGAAAGCCACAGCUGAAGCUAUGCCCGACCAGGAAGACGAAGACGAGGUUAUGGAAGAUGCGUCAGGGGCUGCUUAG